AUGGAGGAAAAUGCUACAAUCUUAAUGCUGGCAUCAAAUUCGAUAAUAAUUUUAUUAAAUUUUGGAAUAUAUUUUGGACAAUCACAAAAUAUUGAAGGUAGAUGGUUACCUUGCAUAGAAAUUUCACGUGAUUUACGAAUACCAUGCCAAUGUUUUCUUCAGCAAACGAAUUCAACAGCAAUCGAAUUGAACUGUGAUCGGGUAGUAUUUAUUGGUGGUGAUAUUACGUCAAUUCCAUAUGGCGCGCCAAUCACUUCAAUCAGUCAACGAUGGUCAGGUCGACAAAAUCUUCCGACACGUGCAUUUUCAUCAUUGGGUCUUCCAUUGGCGAAAGUGGAUUUUUCUAGUAAUUCGUUACGACGUCUUACUGAAAGAUUAUUGUACAGUUUACACAACACUCUCACAGAAUUACGAUUAGCGGAUAAUUUAUUGGGUGAUUCAUUAAACCCGAUAUUUUCCACAACCGAAUUACAUGGUUUGAAUUUGUUACGAUUGUUAGACUUAAGUGGUAAUCAUAUUAAAGGUAUCGAAGAAGGAAUAUUUAAAGGAUGUGAAAAUUUAGAAGAAUUAUUUUUGGAUCGAAAUAGUUUAAUCACAAUACCAAGUGAAUCCUUAAAUGGUCCAAAAGGAUUAAAAAAGUUAUCUUUAAAAAAUAAUCGAAUUGAAAUGCUUAAUACGAACGCAUUUCAUGCUCAACAGAAUUUGGAAAUAAUCGAUUUAUCGAGUAAUUUAAUAACGAUGAUUGAAAAUGGUGCAUUAUUUGGAUUGAAUCGAUUACGUGACUUACGAUUACGUGAUAAUCGUUUAACAACAUUUAAUAGUGAUAUUUUUCAAGGAGCAGUGAAUUUACAAAAAUUAGAUUUAUCGCAAAAUUUUAUUGAAGAAUUUCCAAGUGUGGCUUUAAAGAUGUUUGUGGCGUUGAAACAUUUAAAUUUAUCUUCAAAUAUCAUUAAGAAUUUGGACAACACAAAUUUAGUAGCUUUGGAAAAAUUGGAGUCAUUGGUUCUAAGUAGAAAUAAUAUUGCAAAUAUAGCUCCAGGUACAUUUUUGGGUCUACGUAAAUUAAAACACUUGGAUAUUAGUGUGAAUUCAUUACGAGCAAUCGAAGAUGAUGCAUUCGAAGGUCUAGAUUCAUUACGAUCAUUACAUCUCGAUGACAACAACAUCCUCUUAAUCCCAGCUUCAGCAAUUGGACGUUUACCCCAUUUAAACGCAUUAUCACUUGCUUAUAAUCGAAUUACAGCCGUAUCCAGUGAAAUUCUUCAAUCAUUAACCGCUCAUAUCAAGGAUUUGGUACUCUCGCAAAAUGUCAUACGAGAAUUACCAACAUCCGCAUUUAAAUAUUUCAAAAGUCUUGAAAACUUAGACUUAUCACGGAACUUAAUAUCGUUACUCAAUUCGGAUGCUUAUCAUGGUAUCGAAAAAAGUGUGAAAAAAUUACUUUUAUCACAAAAUCGUAUUUCCUCGCUAUCCGGACCACCACUAAGCUUGGAAAAGCUAACCCAUUUUGAUAUUUCAUACAAUCGAUUGUCAGAAUUACCUGCUGAUUUUAUACAAAAAUUACCAUCGUUAAAAUAUUUUAACAUAUCACGUAACACUCAAAUGUAUACCGUUCCUCAGACCUUAUUACAUAAUGCUGAUAAUUUGAAUGUUAUCGAUUUAAGUUACAUCGGAUUACAAACGAUUCCAUCAUUUUUCUUUAGUAAAAGUCGAAGUUUAACUCAUAUUUAUUUAACGAAUAACGUAAUCACCGAAAUUAGUGAAGGAACCUUUGUAAACUUACAUAAUCUAACAGUCUUGGAUUUGUCAUAUAAUCGUAUUACAAAUAUCCGAUUAUCCGCAUUUGUAAAUGUCAUGAAUAUUCAACAGUUACAUUUACGGGGUAACCUUUUAAACGCAUUUAAAGGGGAAUACUUUAACACUGGAACAAGUCUACGAAUCUUAGACUUAUCGGACAAUCAACUUAGCUACAUUUUCCCUUCUUCAUUCCGUAUUCACCCUCGAUUACAAACCAUAAACGCAGCACGUAAUAAAUUUAACUUUUUCCCAGCUGAAUUAAUCGCAUCGUUACAAUAUCUAGAAUUAGUCGAUUUAUCUGGAAACGAACUAAAAGCAAUCGAUGAAUUAGACUUUGCACGAUUACCACGAUUACGAGUAUUAAAAUUAGCGGAUAAUGAAAUUGAGUAUAUUAGUGAAAUGGCUUUCCAUAAUUCAACACAAUUACAAAUUUUGGAUUUACGUUCAAAUAAAUUGGAACGUUUAGCUGAACGAACAUUCGAAGGAUUAGCACGACUGGAAUGUUUAGAUUUAGAAAAUAAUCUAUUUACGGAAUUACCAGAUACAAUUUUUGAUCGAAGUCGUUUACAUAUGUUAGAAAAUAUUAAAUUAAAAUCGAAUCUAUUUGAAGUACCACCGUUGAAGGCAUUACAACGUCAAUACUUUUUCCUGACCUCUGUUGAUCUGUCCCAUAAUCAGUUGGUUAAUAUUCCACCAGAUGACAGUAUUAUGGUUAAUAUUAAGGAACUCGAUUUAUCAUUUAAUCCAUUAUCAUCCGAAUCGAUUAAAAAUAUUUUAAAUGAACCAAAAACAGUACGAAAAUUAAAUUUAGCUGGAACUGGAAUUGAAAAAUUAACCCAACUGGAAACACCAUUUUUAAUGCAUUUAAAUAUUUCGUUUAAUAAUAUUACGAAUUUACCCGAUGCUGUAUUCGAACGUACAACUUUACUUGAAGAGCUCGAUAUAUCGAAUAAUCAAUUACGUCAAAUUUUCCCAAAUGCAUGGUCUACGCUUAAGAAUAUUCAAUUAUUAAAUAUCUCAUCAAAUCCUAUCAAAUCAAUCACUCAAACUGAUUUUAACGGUUUACACAUGUUAAAAACGUUAAAUAUGCAUAAUUUACCCGAAUGUAUUCGAUUAGAGAAAAAUGCUUUUAUGCCACUUCGUAAUCUCAAACAAUUAGUUGCUUACGAUUUCCCUAAAUUGGGUUAUUUGGAUAUGCAAGGUAUAUUACAACAUUUACCAUACUUAAUUCGAGUAAAUAUAGAAAUUAAGGAUCCUGCAGUUGGAAGUGAUCAAUUAGGAACUAUAUUACAUCCACGAUUAAAACUACUUGGAGUUCAUGGAUCCCGAUUACAUAGUAUCGCAUCGGGAACACUAUCUGGUUUGAAAACACCAAAAAUUAUAAUUGAAUUGAAAAAUACAUCAUUAACUUCACUUCCACCCACAUUUUUCUUCUCAAUUCCACGAUCGACGAAGAUUAUUUUGGAUAUUACAGGGUCUCAAUUAACUUCGUUAUCUUCACAAUUAUUACUCGCUUUAGAUGAUCGUCGAAAUGAUAUUAAUCUAAUUGGAUUGGAAUCGAAUCCAAUUGUUUGUGAUUGUAGUGCAAGAGCUUUAAAACGUUGGUUACCUGGACAUAUGAAAAGUGUACGAUGUACAAAGCCUGAACAUUUGGUGAAUCGUUUACUCGUUGAGUUAACUGACGAUGAUUUAACAUGCGAUUCGCGAAAAGUUCUGCAGACAAGCACAACACAACAAAUAAAUAACUAUGUGAAAACGCAACGUCCAACUGUACAGUAUACACAAUCUACUGAACCAGAAAUUAUAUGGUCAGUAGCUCCAACGACUACACCCAAAAUUAUUAAGCCGAUUAUUUCAAGCCCAGUGAAUACACCAACAGUUAUUAGUAAUGAUGACACACUUAUAAUUGGUAUUGUCGGUGGUGUGGUCGCUUUUAUAAUGAUUUUAAUCAUUGUCAUCUGUAUAAUACGUUUACGUAUGUCAAGUAGCACCGAGUAUCGUGGUGGACCCAUGGCAAAUGGAGUCAUGCCCACACUAAGUGCUGCAGGAGGCGGAGGAAAUGGUAGUUGUAAUUGUAGUGUUGUAAAAACUCCCGGUGGUAGUAUGCAUGCUUUGUAUACAGUGCCACCGCAAUCAAUUUACGCUGCAUCAACAUUACCACAUCGGCCAGUUAGUGGAAUGAGAAAUGUUGAUACAAUGCGUCCAGUUUAUGCAACUUUAGCUAGUAGUCACGGAUCACCUGCGUACCUUCAACAAGGUGUACCACCUUCAUCAUAUUUUAUGAUGCCACCACAAGAUGAAAAAAUUUAUAGAUAAUUAUUUAAUUUUAUAUUUAAUUUAAGUGAUUUAUGCUCAAAUUGUUACACCUUACAGUCCCUUGUUCAGUGUUUAAUUAUUGAAACUUUGAUUCAUAUGUAAGGUACAUCGAACAAAUUAGAAAUUAAGAAAAACUUAAUAAGCUUCUUCAAAACGAUCAUUAAGAAUGGGAAAAUACGAAUAUUUAAUU